AGUACGACUUCCAGGCCCUUCCCGAUGAACCGGAAUACAUUCCGGGGUACACGAUGGACGAAUUAGAGGACGUGCAGGAGCUGUCGCUUACACAUCUGUCUCUACCCUUACUGGAAAAUGCCAUAGAAAUAUACGAAAGCACUCGAGACCCCUCCUUCCUGGUCAAUACAAUCCGAACCGUCUUUGCAUCGCCUCAAUGCCUGGGCAUGAGCUUCAGGUGCGAUUGA